CUUGUUAUAUGACACUGACUUGUCGUAAAAAGCGUUCGAUACCGGCUUGCAGCAGACGUGCUUUAUAUGCAAUCAAGUAUUGAGCGGUGAUACAGAAAGUAUCAAUUUGCACAUUGAUGGUUGUCUCGCUCGCGUUAAUUCUGAAGACAACGACAACUCAUCAAUGGAUCAUGAAACAGCUCCCAAAACAUCCGCAUCACCCCCCAUAUAUGACGGCGAAGGAGAUGGGACGCCAGAAGCUGCAUGGGAGGAGUACGAGUGGGCUGGGCAACGGCGCGUUAGAGCAACCGCCAUGUUUGAGGGUGGCUAUGGAGGUGCGGGUAUGUCGACGACGGUCAAAGGAGAGGAUGUGGACGAUGACCUAGAUGUGGAAGAUGACGACGUUAAUCAAUAUGGAGAAGCCCAGUAUUCUGAACGCGACAUCGUCGUAAACCCCGAUGAUGAGAACGAGGACAGUGCUGCUUUACGCGAAAUGGUGUCUGGAACACCUAUUUCAAGGUCAAGUUCAUCCGGACCCAGUGGACAAGCUCAAUCAGCUCAGCGACCAGGCUACGAAGCAACAGUAUCUGAUGAUGGAUGGAAGCAACAUUUGACGAAAGAUGCCGUUAUUCCAACAAAUGCAGCCGGGCACACUAAGCUUGUGAUUGAGUCUCUUCGGUCACAAAUAAAUCAGUUGGAAUCAGCAAGUAGAUCUGUGCCCAAAUGUUUGAUUUGCCUCGAACCAUACAAAACUCCACUCACUUCGGUCGUCUGCUGGCAUGUCCAUUGCGAGGAGUGUUGGCUGCAUAGUAUGGGAACUAAGAAGCUUUGCCCUCAAUGCCAAAAGAUUGUAACCCCAGCUGACUUGAGGCGUAUAUAUUUGUAAAUGAAAAACUUCAUGGUUGAAGCAACUGUAAUAUAAAUUUUUUCUUAUAACCCACAU